AUGACAAUCGAGUCCUACCCGCGAUCUGGUGAGAGGGUCGGCCAAGGGCCUACCUGUCGAGUGAAAACCCAGCACCGCGGUGGGGGGAUUCCGGGGAGUGGGAACGAUGUAGCGGUGCCACCCGGCGCUAUACGAACUGGGGCGCGGUCUCCCGUGCAAGCCUGUAGGGGCGGUACCCCGGAAGCGAAUGGGACUCCAGUUCGGUCUGGCGCCGACCGAACCCCGCCGGGUAUCGCUUCGAGGGAGUUCGUUGUACACGGCGGUCCCGGGGCCACCUUCGGUGCGGCGACGGGUGACUGGAAGCGGCGUAUCACGGGCGUAGUUGCCAUGCUGGCGCUCGUGGGCUUGGCCAGGGGUGUUGCGCCCCCCGCCACUCCGGUGUACUCGUGGUGGAACGACGCAAAGGUGUGGGAGCACACGUGCAGUGCCGCGGGAGUCGCCUAUGCCGUGUUGACAUGUGCCAUCCCCGGUGGCUGGGGGUACUUUUCGAUCUGCACCGUGAAUGGCUCAGUCAUUAUGGGUACUCCGAAUGGGGCAAUCUCGGACGGCCACGGAAUUGGAUACGGGUGCGGGAUAGUGGACGUACUGGGACCUAACAGGGGCUACACGCCCGGAAUUGUUGGGAAAGGAGUCGCGGGACCGGUCCGCCGUUGGUUGGUGCAACCGGAGACUCGAGCAACGCCUUACGGGUGGCCAUCGGGCGACCGGGGCAUGCACGGCCCGAAGGCUCACGUUCCAUCCAAGGCCGAUCGGGCCAGGCUGGCCGCGGAAGCUCUGGCGGGCGGCCAUGAAGGUGUGCAGGAGCACGGGGGGCAGUCGUACUGUGAUAUGCGGGGGUUGCCUUCGAUGGUAUACUUGUGCAAUCUGGACGGAGCGCCGAGUCUCGCGCACUAUUGCAGAGAUGCCGAACGGGGCUGGUGGUAUGACUUGUUCGGCAACCAGCUGGCCGACUUCGGGGCCGCCGGAUACUGUCACAUGCUGGGGGUGCGCGUCCCAAGCGCCAGUUAUGCUAAGGUCGGGUCCAGUGGCCGAGGACUGCCCGUGCUAGGAACAAGCGUCGGAGUGGACUACUCACACAAACAUCAGGAGCCCCUUAACCUGACCUUCACGGUUGGGCGCCGCAACCUCUGGGCUCCAUUUCCCUACGACACGCCCGAACCCCUCGAGUGUGUGGGGGGCAAGGUUGUGCUCGAGGCAGACACGGUGCCGGUGGGCCGCCGCAGCAGGGGAAGACCGGCACGGAAGCUGGAGGAGUGUGCCGACGGGCCGACAUCAAGCGCAGACCGGAUCCCCGACAGGGAUAUAUCCGGAUGGGAGACUACCUGCAUGCCGGGCGGGAAGCCUUACGUAGUCCUGGCGUGUUGGACUGGCGGACACCUCACUUAUGCCUCCUUCUGCGGUGGGACCUCAGGGGAACCGGGCAUAUCAUGGCGUGAGGGGCUUGGGCUCUUCCACGACUGCCGCCCCACCAGCGUCAGGGCGCCGGGUCGCGGGUGGGGGAAAGGGAAAGGCGGACCCAAGCGUCACGAUUGGGGGUGGUUCAGCUAUACAGGCUCCAGGUGGCACGUGUACGGUCACCCUCGACCCGACCUGGCCGUCCAAGACGUCGGUGUAGGAGUGGGGAACUCCACCGCCGACCUAACGCUCACGGCUGCUCCGUGGGGCGUAGGGGCCGGCUCGAAGGGCGACCGCUGGGACGGGAGGUCGUACUGCGACCGGCAGGGGCUCCCAUCCCUCGUGUACAUGUGCCACGGGGACGGUGGGUUUGAGUUGUUGCACUUCUGUCGGGAUGCGGAACGAGGCUGGUGGUACGAUCUACACCACAACCAGAUGUCCGACGACGGCGCGGCCAGGUUAUGCCACCCGGUUGGGAUACGCGUCCCCCCGGCCCCGUUCCAGCCGCGUUCGGGAUCUGGGCGCCGACUGCCGAGCCGACGAAUGGCUUAUGGAGGGGACAUGACACCUUGGGCGGCCGAGCACAGGGACUACUGGACGAACGCGAGCCCUGGAAAUCCGUGGGUCGGGAAGGAUACGCACCGACGCGCAUGGGUUUGCGACGCCGAUGGAUCUGUAACCGACCCCGCCGGUGGUGGGCCGCCAAAGCGUGCCCCCGGUGUCUCCAACGAGAGCGUUGGGCCGAGGGGUGCAGGGCGCCGUUCUUGGGCGGACGGCCGUUCGCAGUGCGUAGUUACCACCUCGCGGGUGAGGUGGGGUUGA